GAUCCUAUGGUAGCAAGUGCUGCAUAUAAAUCUCUGUCUCACUUCAGUGCUGGAGAACACACCAUUCUUCACCUGCCGGAAAAGAUAAGGCCCGAAAUGCCUGUUCCUGAUGAGCUGGAUGAAGAGGAAUCUGUGGACCUUUCCAUUCCUGGUUCUUGCUAUCUCAGACUGUUGCCCAUCACUGCGCCUUCGGUUUUACCAGCUUUGGAAGAAUUCUUUACAUCUCUUGUGAGACAAGAGAUGGUGAAUAUGCCCCGUGGGAUAUAUCACUCUGCAUUGAAAGGAGGCAUCCGCUCAGACCAAGGGAAGACUGUAGCAGGAAUCCCCAACUUUAUAUUGAAGACGUAUGAAACAAACAAGCAACCAGGACUGAAACCUGGCCUGGCAGGUGGCAUGCUGUUUUGCUAUGAUGUUGCCAUGUAUCAGAGCAAAGAUGGCAAGCCACUGAAUCGGUUAAUGGCCAGUAGAGGGCGAAACUUCAAGCAGACAACACUGGCCCUCCUCCAUGAA